UCUGGGCACAAAUGCUCAGGAGCCAGGCACCAGACAGGGAGCAUCCUGAAGGACGCUGUCACCUGAAGCAGAAGGGCUGUUAGACCUUUCUUUUCAACACUUAAAUCAUUGUAAUGCGAUGUUUCUCAUGUUAGGCGAUUCAUGCUUUGCGUUUUGGAACUCAGCCUUCCCAGUGUUCCGAGAGUUUUCUGCUGUCUGUUCAGCUUAGCACGCUAAGAAGCCGGAGAGGUACCCUGCAGCCUGGAUUCAUUCUCCGUCUUGGAAAAGUGUUUUUGGCUGGUUUAAGAAAUCAUGAAGUCACUCCUGGGCACAUUGUGGGAUUGUAUUGAGCUUUUUUUUUUUUUUUUUUUAAGUUUUUAAAUUUUUAUAUUUAAAUGCCAGAAAGCUUGGAGACGGUUUAUUUCAAAGAAGGCUUUUGAUUUCUGAGGCUGACAAGGGCAUAAAAUGUCAUGAGAGCUUCUCGGCAGGAUUCCAAAUGCAUGAAAGAUUUUUCCAAGCACCUACUAUGUUCAGAACAGGGAUGCAGGGAUGCCCUGGAGAAUCUGAAGUUCUGGCUUAACCCUCGAAACUUCGAAAGCAAUGGCUGAAAAGGAAAGAUGAACACCUAGAGAUUCCCUCUGGAAAUGAUUGAGGUUUGCUACCACAGCUUGCUACUUUGGCUUUUUCCAUCUAAAUUUGGUGUCUUCAUGUGCUGUCCGGCAUCUACCACAGGUCAGAUGGAGCUUAGGAAGACAAGGGAGCCUAGUAAUAAACGGGUCAAACCCCUUUCCAGAGUUACAUCACUAGCAAACCUCAUCCCACCCGUGAAGACCACACCGUUAAAGCGCUUCAGUCAAACCCUGCAGCGCUCCAUUAGCUUCCGCAGCGAGAGCCGCCCUGAUAUCCUCGCCCCCAGACCCUGGUCCAGAAAUGCCGCCCCCUCAAGCACGAAGCGGAGAGACAGCAAGCUGUGGAGUGAGACCUUCGACGUGUGUGUCAAUCAGAUGCUUACAUCCAAGGAAAUCAAACGUCAGGAGGCAAUCUUUGAGCUUUCUCAAGGAGAAGAAGACUUGAUAGAGGACUUGAAAUUAGCAAAAAAGGCCUAUCAUGACCCCAUGCUGAAACUCUCCAUAAUGACAGAACAAGAGUUGAAUCAAAUUUUUGGAACACUGGACUCUUUAAUUCCUCUGCACGAAGAGCUCCUUAGUCAGCUUCGAGAUGUUCGGAAGCCUGAUGGCUCGACUGAACAUGUUGGUCCCAUCCUCGUGGGCUGGCUGCCUUGCCUCAGCUCCUAUGACAGCUACUGCAGCAAUCAAGUAGCUGCCAAAGCUCUGCUGGACCACAAAAAACAAGAUCACCGAGUCCAAGAUUUCCUACAGCGAUGUUUAGAAUCCCCCUUUAGCCGCAAACUAGAUCUCUGGAAUUUCCUUGAUAUUCCAAGAAGCCGUCUGGUGAAAUACCCUCUGCUUCUUCGAGAAAUCUUGAGGCACACACCAAAUGAUAAUCCGGAUCAGCAGCACUUGGAAGAAGCUAUAAACAUCAUUCAGGGAAUCGUGGCAGAAAUCAACACCAAGACUGGGGAAUCUGAAUGCCGCUAUUAUAAAGAGCGGCUUCUUUACUUGGAAGAAGGCCAGAAAGACUCCCUGAUCGACAGCUCACGAGUCUUGUGUUGUCAUGGCGAACUGAAAAACAACCGGGGUGUGAAACUGCAUGUUUUCCUGUUCCAAGAAGUGCUUGUGAUCACUCGAGCCAUCACCCACAAUGAGCAGCUCUGCUACCAGUUGUACCGUCAGCCGAUCCCGGUAAAGGACCUCCUGCUGGAAGACCUGCAGGAUGGAGAAGUGAGGCUGGGCGGCUCCCUGCGAGGGGCAUUCAGCAACAACGAGAGAAUUAAAAACUUCUUCAGAGUCAGUUUCAAAAAUGGAUCCCAAAGUCAGACCCACUCACUACAGGCCAAUGACACCUUCAACAAACAGCAGUGGCUCAACUGUAUUCGUCAAGCCAAAGAAACAGUUCUGUGUGCUGCCGGGCAGGCUGACUCCGAGGGACCAUUCCUAAAUCCCGCCACUGAGAGCAGGGAGCCACAGGGAGAAACAAAACUUGAGCAGAUGGACCAAUCGGACAGUGAGUCAGACUGUAGUAUGGACACAAGUGAGGUCAGCCUCGACUGUGAGCGCAUGGAACAGACAGACUCUUCCUGUGGGAACAGCAGGCAUGUUGAGAGCCACAUCUGACAGAGUGUACUUCCUGGAAGUAGCCCUGUGUCUUACCUGUACAGUAUUUGCAUUCCACACAUGGAACGGUUUGGAGAAGCACUUUUUAAUACUUUUGUGACCAUGUUGGCCCAGUCUCUUCUAUCUGUACCUUUGUCCCUAGUACUGUAACUGCCAGUCUGUCUGUGUAAGCUGGAAUCCGUGACAACUGUUACCCUGUAUUGUAUUUCACAAGUGUCUGGAGGGAUGGAGAGGUACUUGAAUAAGUUACUUUCAAUUGCCCUGCUGGAUUUUUAAAAAAUAGAAACAAGAAUCUCUAAACUACUGUUUUAUGUAGAUUGCUUGAAGAGUUCUUUCUCCUGUUCGCCUCUCGUGCUCGUCCAGCUCUUUGACGUGGUAGCUGAAGGCAUGGAGUUUAGACGGCCUUGCAAACAGCGCAUGAGGAGGUCAUUCGUGUUUCGGGACGGCACUGGAGGCAGAAGCAGGAAAGAUCAACCCUUGAAGUGAACUUGAUGUGAUGUUAUUCAACUAGAAAGUGUAAAAACAUCCCUGGGGAUUCUGAAGGCUUAAUUUUGCAAAGGAGGAAGCAUUGUCUGAACCUUGAAAUUUCAUCUAGUGCCAGUUUGAUGUAAGAAUCUGUUAGGACAUGAAAUAGAGGCUGAAGGUCCAGGACAAAAGCAGCUGCCAGCUGUGACUCUUUAACUGAAAUGCGCAUGGCACCGAGAGGUGUCUCUCAUAGUUGGUGACCAGCCUAAAACAUCAGAACAGAACCCAGAGGGCCUGGGAAAACCUGCCAGGAUAACAGGAAGGCCCUGUCUUCAUUUUGUUUCAGUGGCCCAGGCCUACUCGCACUUAAGCGCAUGAAUGAAGCGACAAGAAAAACAGGCUGUGACUCUGUCAGUGACUCUCUUUAUAGAAACACAGGAGAGGAAGAAUUUGGAAUGAGAAGCGCUUCAUCAGAACCUCCUGUGGGAACCAUUAAAAGAGAAAAGCGUGGCCUAGUGCAUUCUGAGAAAGGCCAGAGCCUUGGGUUUUCCUGCUCUGCUUUUAGGUGGUCAGUUUGCCAUCUCUGGUUCUGUGCUGUAAUCAGAAUUAUAAUUACAUUCUCCAGAGGCCAAUUGCAUUAACUCUGAUUAAUUAGGAUCAGCUAGCCAAACUAGUAACCUCUUUGUCCAGCUUUGAUUUUACAGUGCAGGGUGGAGUGCAGACCUUGAAAAAAGUCAACUAAAUACACAGAAAAGUUCCCUGCGAAUGUAAAUAUUAAGGAUGACCUGUGCAAAAUUAUACCCACACCAGCACUAGUAGUAAUGAUUCUAAAUUAUUGCCAAAAAGCUUUUUUUUUUCAUUUUUUGUGUCUUUCAAGUUUACAGAAAAGAAAGCAGUAAAUACAAUGUUGUCAUUUUAUCAUGUACAUAUAUCAUGUGCAUUCAAAGAAGCUGCGUGACAAGAUAUAUCAAUAUAAAAACAAGGUAUAUUACUUUAUUAUUUUUCAAAAACAAAAAAAUAUUGUGGUCAAUUUUACCCUGUAAAACAUAUUUCUGUAUUUAUAGAUUUUAAACAUGGUGAAUUUUUUUCUAUUACAAGUUUAUUUAAAACUGUUUUGUUUCUCAAGUUGUUAUUGAUUUAUUGAGUGAACCUGCUGCAGACAGAAGCAGAGGAAAGCCAAGAAAAGCCUUUUGAUGGUGAAGAAAAGAAUGAAUCAUUCUUUGCAGGAGCCAUCGGCCAUUUUGGCCAAUGUAUUGAGAAAAGACGUUUGUAAAGUGUUGGCCUAUGGGAAGAAAGUCGAUGAAUGUUUUGAUGCAAUGAAUGUUUUUGUAUAAUGGCCUUAAACUUUUCUGGAAGCAUUUCAAAUAAAUUACAUUAAAAUGUUA